GGAUCUUGCCCUUUUUCUUUUGACUUUUUUCGUCUUUCACUUUGUGUGCACCACUAGUGAUCCGGCCAGCAAAGCUAAGCCCUUGUCUUUCAAGACGUUGAGUCAAGUGGCUUCUUGUGCCGACUAGACUUUCUCGUUUCUUCUAUUUUUUUUUUUUUGAAGUCGAGUGUGUCCCGCUGUUGACGUUCUGCCAUACAUCUCGUCGACCGCCGUAGGGACAAUUUUCCGCCCAUCAUGUCCAAGCUAUUCUCCAAAAAGCCCAAUGCGGGGGCCACCAUACAGGCUCAGGAAGAGGCUCCCCGUUUUGAAAGGGUUUCGUGGACCAAGGAGCCUGGCCUCCGUCAACUCUACUUCUAUGCCGUCGUUCUUUGCGUUGCCUCCGCGACUACAGGCUACGAUGGUAUGCUGUUCAACAGUGUCCAGGCAUUUGACACCUGGAAGGACUAUUUUGGAAACCCCCAGGGCCAGAUGCUCGGUUUGCUUGGGGCGCUCUAUCAGAUUGGCAGCAUGAUUUCUAUUUUCUUCGUGCCUUUCUUCACCGACCACUUUGGCCGCAAGGUCCCCAUUGUCAUGGGCUGUGUCAUCAUGAUUGUCGGUGCCGUCCUUCAAGGAUGCUGUCAGAACCUUGCCACCUUCAUGGGUGGACGUAUAAUGCUCGGUUUUGGCAACAGCUUCACUCAACUUGCUUCUCCGAUGUUGCUCACCGAGAUCUGCCAUCCUCAGCACCGUGGCCGCUUGACUACAGUCUACAACUGCCUGUGGAAUGUUGGCGCUUUCGUCGUGGCAUGGCUCUCCUUUGGCACAAACUACAUCCCCAACGAGUGGAGCUGGCGUAUCCCAUGCAUCAUCCAGGGCCUGCCGUCCCUGAUCCAGCUCACCUUCAUCUACUGGGUUCCCGAGUCUCCUCGUUACCUCAUCGCCAAGGACAAGCACGACCAGGCUCUUGCUAUGCUUGCCAAGUACCACGGAAACGGUGAUGCUCAGCAUCCCACCGUUCAGUUUGAGUACCACGAGAUCAAGGAGACUCUGAAGCUGGAGCUUGAGCACAAGAACGCUAGCAAGUACUCCGAAUUCCUCCGAACCAAGGGCAACCGCUACCGCCUGGCCAUUCUCAUCUCCCUCGGCGUCUUCUCCCAGUGGUCCGGCAACGCCAUCAUCUCCAACUACGUCGCGGUCCUCUACGACACCGCCGGCGUCAAGGGCUCGACCGACAAGCUUGGCCUGGCUGGCGGCCAAACCGUCCUGUCCACCAUCGUGUCCAUCAGCAUGGCCCUGCUCGUCGACCGCGUCGGCCGCCGGCCCAUGUUCCUAGCCUCGACCGGCGGCAUGUUCUUAACCUUUAUCUUUUGGACCCUGACCUCGGGCCUGUACGAGGAGAAGGGGCUGGACGGCGCCCGCUUCGCCAUGAUCUUCUUCAUCUGGGUCCACGGCAUCUUUUACUCGCUCGCCUGGUCCGGCCUGCUCAUCGGCUACGCCAUCGAGGUCCUGCCGUACAAGCUGCGCGCCAAGGGGCUCAUGAUCAUGAACGUCUGCGUCCAGGCCAGUCUGACGCUCAACGUCUACGCCAACCCCCUGGCGUUUGAGCACUUUACCGGCCACCUGUGGAAGUUGUACUUGAUCUACACUUGCUGGAUUCUCGGUGAGGUCAUCUUUGUCUACUUCAUGUACGUCGAGACCCGCGGCCCGACCCUCGAGGAGCUGGCCAAAAUCAUCGACGGCGACCAGGCCGAGGUCGCCCGCGUCGACCUCGACAGCAAGCAUUAUUCGGAGGACCACGUCCUCAACCGCAGCAGCACCGAGAAGGUCUCAAACCGUGCGGUCUGAGAGGAAACGACAUUGGAAAGAGACGGCAAGAUUGGUUUGUCUCUGACUAGCUCGGUCUGAAGUUCAGAGAUGACCCAUACACACACACACAUACAGAUGUCCGUUUUCCGUGCGAAAUGGAAUGCUUGGCAGUCCCCUUGCUAUAAUCUGCCUGCUGUUUUGGACAGGAUUUCCGUUUUCUACGCUAUACUUGGAUACAGCACUUCUUUGAAUUGUAGAUGAUUAAUCUGAUACCUUACGUAUUUAUCUCCCGCUGUCUGAAAGGUUUACCGGAAAUAAAAAGCUCACGAUAUAUAAUCACA